GCCGCCGCCGCUACGUUGUUAUCUUCCGUGUCCCUCCUGGGCCAGCGAGGGGGAGCUCCUGCCUCGGCAGGGAGGAGAAGGCUGGCAGGUGGCGGCGGUGGCGGCUCUUUGCCCUGAAAAGGCGCGGGCGGAGCCGCCGCUGCAGCCUCCGCCUCCUGGGCGCAAAGGCGGCUGCAGCUGGAGCCCCGACCCCGCGGCCUUUGGGCUUCUCGGAGGGGCCACGACGAGGCUGCCUCCCUUCUGCUUCGGCCGGGGCUUCCCGCUGCUCCGCCUCCACCAUGUCUGCAACGGGGGGCGGCGGCGGCGCGGGGACUCCCAAGGCGCUGCCUUCCUCCGGCCCCAAGUCCCUGCGGGAUAUGCCGCACCCGCUGGCCGCCUCCGGCAGCGAGGAGGCGGGCGCCGACCUCACGCCCAGCCCGGACUUCCAGCUGCCUCGCAGCAUCGCCGACAAGGACCUCAGCUUACCCAAUGGUACUCCUGUAGACACUUCUAGCCCGGCUUCCUCCUCCUCCCUUCUCAACAGAUUGCAGCUGGAUGAUGACUUGGACGGGGAAAUGAGAGAUCUCUUCGUCACUGUUGAUGAUCCAAAAAAACAUGUUUGUACAAUGGAGACUUACAUCACAUACAGAGUCACAACCAAGACCACACGAGCAGAAUUUGAUUUGCCAGAGUAUUCCAUGCGCCGAAGAUAUCAGGAUUUUGAUUGGCUGAGGAAUAAACUCGAGGAAUCUCAGCCGACUCAUCUCAUUCCCCCUCUUCCAGAGAAGUUUGUGGUUAAAGGAGUUGUUGACCGCUUUUCAGAAGAAUUUGUUGAAACAAGGAGGAAGGCCUUGGAUAAAUUUUUGAAAAGGAUCGCUGAUCAUCCGGUGCUGUCUUUCAAUGAACACUUUCAUGUGUUUCUGACUGCCAAAGAUCUCAAUGCUUACAAAAAGCAAGGGAUGGCUUUGCUUUCCAAGAUGGGAGAAUCGGUCAAAUAUGUCACAGGAAGCUAUAAACUAAAAAGUCGACCGUUGGAGUUUGCAGCCAUUGGAGACUAUUUAGAUACCUUUUCUAUGAAGCUUGGAACCAUUGACAGAAUAGCACAGCGGAUCAUUAAGGAAGAAGUGGAAUAUCUGGUGGAACUUCGAGAAUAUGGGCCAGUUUAUUCAACUUGGAGUGGGUUAGAAAGAGAACUGUCUGAACCUCUGGAAGGGAUGUCUGCUUGCAUUGGGAAUUGCUGUACAGCUCUUGAGGAACUGAGUGAAGAUAUGACUGAGGAUUUCCUACCUGUUCUCAGGGAGUACAUGCUGUAUGCUGAGUCCAUGAAGAAUGUGCUGAAGAAAAGAGAUCAGGUUCAAGCAGAAUAUGAAGCCAAGCUGGAAGCAGUGGCCCUAAAAAGGGAAGACCGGCCCAAGGUGCCCACAGAUGUUGAAAAGUGCCAGGACCGAGUGGAGUGCUUCAAUGCAGACUUGAAGGCUGAUAUGGAAAGAUGGCAAAACAACAAGCGUCAAGACUUCAGGCAGCUGCUGAUGGGAAUGGCAGAUAAAAACAUCCAAUAUUAUGAAAAGUGCCUUACGGCGUGGGAGUCUAUUAUACCACUGUUGCAAGAGAAGCCUGAGACCAAAUAAGAAGCAAUGCUUUCCCCCCCACACACAUUAUUGACCUCUAACCAAGUGCAUGGUACCACUGGAGAUACACCUAUGCACGACUUCACAUGAUUUUUCACUUCCCCUUUCCCCACUUCCAGAUGAAAUACUGCCUGUUACGAAACUUGGGACAGACUGACUUGCGAGUGCUUGCAACUCUACAUUUUUGCCACCUUUUUAUUAAACCAUCUGAGGUGAUCCCUUGGCUAAUGGGCAGAUGAAAACACAGGGAUUUAUUAUUCUCUUGGACUGCUUUAUAUUGAAUGAAGCUGCUCAGUGGAACAUUUAAUAAUAAAAAACCUCUUAAAUGCAA